AGUCUCAUAGGUUUUUCUCUGGUUUGUUUUCAUUUUUGUUUUCAUUUGUUUGAAACUUUGAAUCUUCGUGUUUGACUAUUUUCAUUUGUAUCAAUCUCGAUGAACAGUGCGGAGAACGAGCUCCCUCCUUGUGAAUCUUCCCGAAAGUCAAUCUUCAGAAGUGGAGGAAAUGGUGCUUCUAAUGCCAAUGUCAAUUCCAAUUCCAAUUCCAAUUCCAAUUGUAAUUCCAAUGCCCGAGAAAAUGGUAAAAAGAAUGGCGUUCGACCGGGUAAGAGCACAAAGAAGGGUUUGACCUAUAAACUGUCCUAUUCGGCGAAAGAGAACCAUAAUGGUCCACUGUUUGGUGUUUCCAUGAAUGUGGAGCUGCAAAAGGAUGGACACUUUGUGUUCGCUACCGUUGGAAACAACAGAGUUGGUGUCUAUGAGUGUUGUCCCGAUGGAAGCGUUAAACUUUUACAAUGCUACUCGGAUCCCGACACGGAGGAAAACUAUUACUGCUGCAAUUGGACCUACAAUGAUGUGACCUUUGAUCCGAUCCUUUUGGCUGCCGGAAGCAAAGGAAUCAUACGAGUUAUUGACCCGGGAACCAAUGAAUGUGUGAAGCAUUACAAAGGCCACGGACAAUCGAUAAACGAUCUGAAAAUUCAUCCACAAGAUCCCAACCUGAUUCUCUCAGCAAGUAAAGACUAUUCCCUGCGACUGUGGAACCUUAAAAGCGACAUUUGUGUCAUCAUCUUUGGUGGAGUUGAAGGUCAUCGCGAUGAGGUUUUAUAUGCUGAUUUUCACCUGAAAGGACACCGAAUUGUCAGUUGUGGUAUGGACCAUUCGCUAAAGAUUUGGUCUUUAGACAAUCAAUGUGUUGUCAGUAGAAUCAAAGAUUCCUACGAAUUCAACAUUGAAAAGAAUAGAAAACCUUUUAAAACGUACAAGUUGCACUUUCCCAAUUUCACAACCAGAGACAUUCAUCGCAAUUACGUUGAUUGUGUUCGCUGGUAUGGAAAUUUUCUUUUAUCUAAAUCGUGCGAAAACGAAAUAAUCUGUUGGAAACCUGGUAAAAUCGAGAAUGAGAACGACUUUCAGUUGCCUCAAGUCAAUUAUACGACAGACCAAACAACAACAAUUCUCCAUCGAUUUGACUAUAAGAAUAGCGAAAUUUGGUUCAUCAGAUUCUCUAUGGACAGAGAGCAGAAAAUUUUGGCUUUGGGUAAUCAAGUUGGUAAAACUUAUAUUUGGGAUUUAGAUGUUGAUGAUCCAGCGACUGCGAGAUUUACAAUUCUCUCUCAUCAGAAUUGCACUGCCACAAUCCGCCAAACGUGCCUGUCCCAAGAUGGAUCCAUAUUGAUUUGUAUUUGUGAUGACGCUUCAAUCUGGCGAUGGGAUCGAUGUGAGGCUAAAAACAUGGCCUCCAAUGGACGAGGUUAAUCAAUCGUAAUUCAAUUACUAUUCAUUUUCUCUCCUCUUUGAUCGGAGUUGAACUGUUGAUCAUCGCUAUCGAAUCCAUUUUCGCUGGUCUAUUCCAAGGAGGUAAACCGGUGUAGUCCCCUGUCUCUGACGCAGGUUGAUACAAUUCGAAAGCUUUAAAAUGUCGAACUAAAUUAGCAGCAUCUUGUUCCUGGAGGUCAUACUUUUCGGCGAUUUCGGAAGCGCUUGGGGUACUUUGGAUGAUGCAUAUUCCAUGACAAGAUUGGUUGUUCGGGUUAAUGAAAUUCUACCUUUGGGAAUAACUUUCGGUUCGACUUCGCCAAACAUAUUUUAACUCGAAUCUUCUUUAAAUUUCUUAACUCAGAUUGUUCUUUAUUAAUUAAAGAAAAAAAGAUUCAAUUAGCAAACUCAAAAUGAGAUUAACAAUUAACAAUUAAUUUCGUCUGUGUAUUAACCCUUUCCAGAUCAUCCAGCUUAAGUUUGGUUCGCUCAGUUUACGUUCUAACCUUUAAUGUUCAAAAACUUCGCUUUCCAUUCGCCCAUUAACGUUCAUCUUACCAAAGAAAAAAUAACUAACAAAGUUGGUCAAUUAAUUAAUUUCUAUUUUCUUCAGUUAUUCUCACAAAAAUUUCAGAUGAAUAAUUGAUUGUUUAUUUUUUAAAUUGGCUCAUUUUCACUCACAUUUCGAUUUCUAUUAUUCGAUGUCUCUUAUUGUCUCCAAUCACUUGUUCCCUUCAUGUAACAAUUUGGGAUAAUAAAUUCACCAUCUGAUCA